AUGCUCUGUCAUAGGCUGGUUGAUAUUCUUCCUAAUCUGAUAAACCAGAACCAAGGGGCUUUUAUAAAGGAUAGGUCUCUUGCUCAUAAUGCUCUUAUUCUCCAAGACCUUAUUAAGGGUUACAAAAGGAAACAUAGUUCACCCCGUUGUCUGAUGAAGAUUUAUUUGAGCAAAGCCUAUGACUCCAUAGAUUGGGAUUUUUUGGAGAAUUUGCUGAAAGCAUUAAGGUUUCCUGGUCGUUUUAUCAGAUGGGUCAUGAUCUGUAUGAGAGGUUCUUCCUACUGUCUAAUGAUGAAUGGGCAGCUUCAAGCUAAUACUAGCUCUAUUCAGAUUAUCCAUCACACUUUAGAUGCUUUCUCCUCUGCUUCAGGGAUGGUUAUUAAUAAAAAUAAAUCUAGAAUUUACUUUGGUGGUGUUUCGGUCCCAGAUAAAAGUGUUCUGCUGAAUCUCACUCAGCUGGCUGAAGGGGAGUUUCCUUUGACUUAUCUUGGUUUGCCUUUGAGACCAACAAAAUGGAAGGCAAUGUAUUGUGAUUUAAUCCUUAAGAAAAUUAGACAAAGACUGUUUGUUUGGGCUAGCAGGAACCUUUCCUAUGCAGGGCGUGUCCAGCUGAUUCAAACUGUUCUGUUGGGCAUUAGGAACUACUGGAUGAGUAUUUUUUACUUACCUCAGAGUGUCAUUAAAGAGAUUGACCACCUCUGUAGAAUGUUUUUAUGGGGAGGUAAAGGUACUAGGAGCAAGUUUCAUCUUACUUCUUGGGAGCAAAUCUGUAGCCCAAAAAGUCAUGGUGGUUUAGGUUUCAAGGAGAGACCUCUUUGGAAUAGAGUAAUGCUUGCUAAAUUCAUCUGGGCUAUCUCCUCUAAGCAGGAUUUUCUUUGGGUUAAGUGGGUUAACUACAGGAAAAGCUCUAGGGACUGGGUCACUGUAGCUGCUCUUGCUGCUUCAGUAUAUUUCAUCUGUUCAGUAAGUGAUGUAGCGACUAGUAGUUGUAGCACGGAUAUGUCAUCUGAAGACGUGUUCGCGCAUUACAAGGCUGCUGCUACUUCCUCAGGCAGGAAGAAAGAUAGUAAAAGGGUUCGAGGGGAGAGUAGCAAAACUGCUUCAAAGAAGGCCCAGACUGAGGGUCCUUCAGCAGCUGUUCCUUCGAAGGAAAACACGCCACCUCCUUCUCCAUUUGACCAGUCGGCCUCAACUCCACCGGUCAAUCAGCACUCCACUCCUCCAGCACCUUCCGACCAGCCACACCAUACUCAACCCAAAGACACUCUGGCCAACACCAUGGGAUUGCUGACCAUGACUACUGGCUGGCGUCGUGCGGGUGCAAUGGUCUCCCAGACCAAAAACUUUGUCACCAGGCUUGCCGAGGCAAUGAAGGCGCUCGAGGGAAAGAAUGUUGACCUACUCGAGAAAAAUACUGAACUGGUCAAGCAGAACGGUGAACUGCUCGAGAAAAACGCAGAGCUGACCAAGCAGAACGAUGAACUGCUCGAGUAG